CGGGCCUCUCUCGCGCGCAGGCGCAGUGAGGAGGCAGCUCAGGAAGAGGAAAAUGGAAUAAACAACCCUGCCGCCGCCGCCGCCGCCGCCGCCGGGACCCUCGAGCAGCCCGGCCCAGGCUUCCCUCCUCGCCCCCCUCCCGAGAAGCGCCCGGUCUUCCCUGCUCCCGGGGGCUGUGACAGCGGCUGCUCGCGCUCCCCGCCUCGCCUCCCCCAUGGUGCCGCGGCCGGCAGCGGCGGUGCCUCCCGAGGCGGCCUCGCUCUCGCUGCUGCCGCUGCUGCUGUAGCUGCCGCCAUGAACAGCGGCGGACUGCCCUGCUCCUCCCCGGUGGUGGCGGCGGCGGCGGGGGUGGCGGCGGCAGCGGCGCCGGUGAAGCUCAAGUUCUGCCGCUACUACGCCAAGGACAAGACGUGCUUCUACGGCGAGGAGUGCCAGUUCCUCCACGAGGAGCCCUCCGCCGCCUCCGCCGCCUGCCCGGGCCCGCCGCCGCCGCCGCCCCCGGGCGCUCUCGGAGGGCUGCCGCUCGGGCUCCCGCCGGGCCCGGCCAUCCCGCCCGUGGCUGCCUCGCCGGGCCAUGGCGUUGGCGGCGGGGCUGGCUAUCCGGGCCACGGGGCGGUGGCGCCGGUGCCGAAGAAGCCCCCCGAGCUGGUGGCGGGAGGCGGCGGCGCGGGGAUGGACGGACCGCGGCUGGCCAUUCCAGGAAUAGAUGGAAGUGCUCUAGCUGAAGCUAGUCUUACAGACUCCUACUUCAGUACCAGUUUCAUUGGUGUUAAUGGAUUUGGAAGUCCUGCAGAAGCAAAGUAUCCUAUGAUGCAGAGGAUGACAAACAGCAUCAGUUCCCCUAGCCUUCUCAAUGACAGUGCCAAGUCUUAUGCAGGCCAUGAUCCUCUAACUUCACCUGCUUCGUCCUUGUUUAAUGACUUUGCUGCUCUCAGCUUAUCUCAAAGGAGAAAGCCAAGGAAGUAUCGACUGGGGAUGCUGGAAGAGAGGAUAGUUCCGGUGGGAUCAAAGGCGCGAAAAUCAAAGAAUCCUAUUGGCUGCCUGGCUGACAGGUGUAAAACAGGAGUACCCAUCAAUAUGGUUUGGUGGAACAGAGUCACAGAAAACAAUUUACAGGCACCAAAUCCUGCUGCAAGUGAGUUUAUUCCAAAAGGAGGAUCGACCUCCCGACUCGGUAACAUGUCACAGUCAAAUAUAUCUGCCUUCUCUCAAGCCUUGUUCUCUCAUCCUUCCAUGGGAGGUCCUGCAAAUGCUGGGCUAGCUCCAGGAAUGUCACUGUCAGCAGGAUCUUCUCCUCUUCAUUCCCCUAAAAUUACUCCUCACACAUCUCCUGCUCCUAGACGAAGAAGUCACACACCAAACCCAGCAAAUUAUAUGGUGCCUACUAGUGCCUCUACACCUGUCACUAAUGCCGUCUCCCAGCCCCCAGCUACCGGUCAGGUGAUUCAGAAGGAAACUGUGGGAGGCACGACCUAUUUCUAUACUGACACAACUCCAGCUCCUCUAACUGGAAUGGUAUUCCCAAACUAUCACAUCUAUCCUCCAACUGCCCCUCAUGUUGCUUACAUGCAGCCAAAAGCAAACGCACCUUCCUUCUUUAUGGCAGAUGAACUCAGACAGGAGCUGAUCAACAGACACUUAAUUACGAUGGCUCAGAUAGACCAAGCAGAUAUGCCUACUGUCCCGACAGAAGUGGACAGCUACCACAGCCUUUUCCCUUUAGAACCACUGCCACCACCCAAUCGGAUACAGAAAACAAGCAACUUUGGGUACAUAACAUCAUGCUACAAAGCUGUAAAUAGCAAAGAUGAUCUGCCAUAUUGCCUUCGGAGGAUACAUGGUUUUCGUCUUGUUAAUACGAAGUGCAUGGUGUUAGUUGACAUGUGGAAAAAAAUCCAGCACUCGAAUAUUGUCACGCUGCGAGAAGUAUUCACCACAAAAGCAUUCGGAGAGCAUUCUCUUGUGUUUGCAUACGAUUUCCAUGCUGGAGGAGAGACGAUGAUGAGCAGGCACUUCAAUGAUCCUAGUGCUGAUGCCUAUUUCACAAAAAGAAAGUGGGGUCAACAUGAUGGACCUCUGCCCCGACAACAUGCAGGGUUGUUACCUGAAUCCUUGAUUUGGGCUUACAUUGUGCAGCUCAGCUCUGCAUUGCGGACCAUUCAUACAGCAGGAUUGGCCUGUCGAGUAAUGGACCCAACAAAGAUUCUGGUAACUGGUAAAACAAGGUUGAGAGUAAACUGUGUUGGAGUCUUUGAUGUAUUAACAUUCGAUAACAGCCAAAACAAUCCCUUGGCGCUAAUGGCCCAAUACCAGCAAGCUGACUUAAUUUCCCUCGGGAAGGUUGUGUUGGCUUUGGCUUGCAAUUCGUUGGCAGGAAUUCAGAGAGAGAAUUUACAGAAAGCUAUGGAACUGGUGACAAUCAACUAUUCCUCUGAUUUGAAGAAUCUUAUUUUGUAUUUGCUGACUGACCAAAACAGGCUUCGGAGCGUAAAUGAUAUCAUGCCUAUGAUUGGUGCACGAUUCUACACGCAGUUGGAUGCUGCCCAGAUGAGAAACGAUGUAAUAGAAGAAGACCUUGCAAAGGAAGUUCAGAAUGGAAGAUUAUUUCGACUUCUUGCAAAAUUGGGAACAAUCAAUGAGAGGCCAGAAUUUCAGAAGGACCCAGCAUGGUCAGAAACUGGAGACAGGUAUCUUCUGAAGCUCUUUAGGGAUCACCUUUUCCAUCAGGUGACAGAAGCAGGUACUCCCUGGAUAGACCUCAGUCACAUUAUCUCUUGUCUUAACAAGCUAGAUGCUGGUGUGCCAGAAAAAAUAAGCCUCAUUUCCAGAGAUGAGAAGAGUGUACUUGUGGUAACGUACAGCGACCUGAAGCGCUGCUUUGAAAACACUUUUCAAGAACUGAUUGCAGCCGCAAACGGGCAGUUGUAGUACUUGCUGGAAGCAUGCCGGACAUUGCUGAGAGUGGAACCUAACCCAAUGCAUAGAAAUCUGCACUACAGCUGGGUCGCCGUCAUCUCAUUUCACAUUUUGGGAAACAAACAGCAGGAGAUGUUGCACUUCGGUCAGGUACACAGUUACUUGAAGGGAAGAAUGUUUUUUGCUAACCCUUGAACUCUGGCUGCCAUUGGAGGCUUUAUCUGUGAAGAAUUUAUUUUAAAAUAAAGGAACACAUCAGGGCAUGAUGUUCCUGCUUUUAUUUUUUUUCCCACUCGUAUAUGCACUAAUUUUAAUUUUUUUUAAAGACUUUUUGAACUUUGACGUUUUGCCACAUUGGAUACUUACUAAGGGAAUCUCUUUGCAAGGACAUUUCUAGGAUAAUCCUCUUUUUUGCCACUGAGUAUACCGCAGAAUUUAUUCAUUUUGAUAUUAUUUGCACCCCAGAAUACUAUAAAGGACCAUGUGAAUACUUUUAUAAAAACUGUGUUCUGUUAAUUACAGCGUAAGCCUUGUAACCCUCUAUGCAUUAGUCAUAGCCAUGCCACCCCACUUUUGGUUAACCAAUCAAACCGGAAGAUGCAUAUUUUUAAAAAAAUCAAGUGAAGUAUAGAAUUGCCACAUGUAAAAUCCCCCUUUUAUCUGGUUGGAAGCUUGUUCCGGCUGUACCAAUUGCACCGUUUAUUUGGAACAGAUAAGCAAUCCAGAACUACCAGAAGCGUAUCCAAAUUGCUCCGAACACAACCAGCGCCUUUUAAAUAAAAUACCUGUUUGUAUAGUUUCCUGCUAGUCAGAUGCAUUUACAUUUAUGCAAUUUUUAAUGGAGGGUUUUGGGUUUUUUAAAAAGAAAUUGUGCUACAGGCCUGAGGUUUCAGGAGUGCAUUCCUUUAAGUUACUUACAAUAUUUUUUUUUGGUAUAAAGGUCUGUUCUUUGAACCACAGCUUUAUUAUGGUACUUUACACUGGAUACAGAUACAAAGACACUGUUCAGAAGAUUAACUAAACACAGCAGUUGUCUGGCAUUGAGAGCUUUUGAAGUUUUAUAGCCUGAUUCUGGAAGAAUGGUGAUCUGCUAUUCCUUUUGCAGUUGCUGCUUAGCCCAAAGUAGAAUUACUUCUGGUAAUAACUCAACACACGCAUAUUCAGUCUUCAAGUCUGGACAUUUUCCCCUGUGCUCUUCAAUUUCUGAUACUGGACCUGCCGUUGACUUCAAGCUUGGGUAUUCAAAGGAAUUUGUAGUAGAACACCUACACUUUGAUACUGAAGACUGCCAAAUAUGUAGGAUUUCCCCCCCUUGCUUAACACAGUGGUGAAGACUGUAUAUAUAUCUCUCUACAUCCUUUCCCCCCACAGCACUGACUGUUUCAAUUGCACUGGGUGCUCACCAUGAAGAAAACGUGGAAAUUCUUUCCGAAAGGUCAGGACUGGCUCCAAAAGCACUUACAACUGAUGUACCUGGUUUUCUUUUUAUUAGUAUUCAAUAUUUGUAAUUUCAGAGAAAUUUUUAAUAAUUCUGUCCAGUUUUAUAAGCUUUAAUGAUGACACUCCUUUAGAUUUGCCUCACGGAAGCUCUUCAUGGCGAAGGCAUUGGAAACUUUUGAAAGGGAAGUCUCUUGAACAAACUUUUCGCAAGGAAAUGUGUUAAAGCCUGUGAUCGGCAGCCUCAGUCGAUGAGCUUAAAUGAAAUCAAUUUAUCAUUUAAUCUGAGCAGAUUUUUAAAAGGAUCAUAAUGUUUCAUAUUCAGAGGAGAAAGGUUGCCACAAUGUUGUUCUUUUUUUAACAUUAAAAGGAACAGGGACUUUGAAAUAUGAACACGGCAAAACCAGUCUUUUAUCAUUAGCUCAUGUAUUUGAGGAAGAGCAGCUGUCUUUUAUAUGUUUUUUGGAGAAAAAAAAUCAUAUUGUAAUUCUUUUGUACAAAAAAAGUAGUACUUGUAUUCUAGAAGAAAUAUUGAAUGCUUAAUUUAUAAGUGGGUUUGAAUGCCUUGUUCUCCUCCUCCUCCCCUUUUUUUUUUUUAACCGAAGUGUAUCAUCUCUUCUGUUGUGGGAAUCUGGGAACCUUUUGACAGAGAUUUUAUUUAUUCGUGGGACCAAUAAUUUUGGGACAUGCAAGCAAAGGCAAAAAGGGGUAACGCAGGACUUCGAUCUCAUCCUCCCUACACCAGCAAAAGCUGCUUCUGAAAGUCAAGUUCAUUUUGCGAACUAAAUGUCAUUCUGUUAAACGCGUCCAUUAAGCUGGCCCUGCAGUUCAACUCGCACUUCUGGUGGACUUGGUUUAGAAGUAUGCUUAGGGGAAAAAAAAAGAACAGUUAUAGCGUGAGGCCAAUAAGUUUCCAUAAAUAAAUGCCAUCCAGGAAAUAUUUGCUGUUUGGUCAUGCAUAGAACAGUGUGCCGUUUUAUUUGUUUUUAUUUGGUCCAUUUUUGGGGAAUUGUUUAGCUUUGGUGUUUUUUGGGGAGAGACCUUCUACUCAAAUGUAAUUCCAUUUAAAGGCUGUCCAGAAACUGGCAAGUUCCAUUCAUAGGAAGAGUUGCGUAUGUAAUCCCUAAAACGCCGGAACAAUUAAUCAAACAUCCCAAAGUAUACACUCCUUCCUAAAGAUAUGGAAAUCAUUCUGACCUUUCCUAGUUUUACCAUUGAAAGCACAGAAAGGACAACCUUUUUCCCAAAUUAUGUGAUGCUAGUCAUUUGUUUUCCGACCUGUUUUUUCUUUUUUUUAAUUGCUUGUUUGGGUUUUGUUUUGUGUGUUUGCUACACUGUAAAUACUUGGGGUACAUUUUUUUUGGUUUUGUUUUGCCUUUGUUCUGGUAAAAGUUUAAAUGUCAACUGCCUCCCCUAAAAAGCACCAGUAUGUUACAUUCUGUCACAAUCCCACUGUGUUACCUUUUAAUCCUGUUUUUUUUCAUUCUUUUCAUGUGUACAGCAGUAUUUUUAAUAAAGAAUACCAGAAAUAACA